CCUAUGAAUUUCCAGCGUGUGCAUCUCCCUCCUCCUGAUUUGCGGUGCGUUUGUCUCCGUGAAGAUGGUCGUUUUGAGAGGAUUUUACUACAGGUUUUCCCACCUGGCAAAAGUUGCUGCAAAAAAGCAAUUCAGGAAAUAUGACAAAUGGUGCACCAUCGCUGCUGGCAUCACGACGGACAAGAAGAGCCAGGCAGUAUCAGACGGAGAGUUGAACAUGUCGACUCGUGGCUGUGGAGGCAGCAGCUCCAGUCUUCCAGGGACUCCGGGCGGAGAGGCCAACCCAGCCAACAGUGUGCUGAGCUGGGCUGUCUCAUUUGAGAAGCUGCUGGAGGAUCCGUGUGGAGUGCGCCACUUCACGACCUUCUUAAUGUCUGAGGUGAGUGCAGAGAACAUUUUAUUCUGGCAGGCUUGUGAAAAAUUCAGGAAGAUCCCAGCCAGCUCAUUGGAAGAGCUGAAAGCAGUGGCUCGCUCCAUCUACGAGUCCUACCUGUCUGACAACGCUCCAUACUCAGUCAACAUUGAUGACACAGCCAAGACAGAGGAGAAGGACCUAGAACAGCCCACACCUGACAUGUUUAACAAGGCUCAAGCACAGAUAUUUAAACUAAUGAAGAUGGACAGCUACAGGCGCUUUGUGCGCUCUCCUCUCUACCAGAGGUGCACCUUGGCAAGCGUAGAAGGUAAACUUCUACCUCAGCUCUCUGCAGAGCCGGUUCGCAUGGGAUCCUGGGAGAACGUGGCCUCCAGAAGCUCUAAGUCAGACUCUAACAGCUUGCCAGGUGGAAAGAGUGCCUCAGAGAAACAGCGACAGAAAAGAGGAUCCUGGGGAGAUGCAUCUGACAUCCAUGCUUCAGUCUCCCAUAUGUCGGUCAAGUCGAGCAGCAGCGUGGAGCUCGGCUCCGUCUACAGGCAGACAGAGAAUGGCAGAUCAAGUCCCCGGUGUCCAGAGCAGGCUGGGGGAGGUGGGGGUCGGAUAGGGGUGGAAGGGGGCUACUGCUGUGUCUACCUACCCGAUGGCACUGCCUCCUUGGCCCCGACACGUACCGGUCAAGCCAUCAAAGACAUGCUGGCUAGCCUGUGUGAGAAGAGAGGUUUCCCGCUGAAAGAUGUCAUCAUCUACCUUCAAGGCAAGGACAAGCAGCCAUUAUCGCUGGACCAGGACUGCUCCGUACUCAGAGAUCAGCAGGUCUCUUUGGAGCUAAGGGUGAUGUUUGCCCUAGAGAUUGCCUUCACUGGUAAGACGGUGGGGAUCAUGGUGAAGUCCAGUAAGACGCUACAGGACGCCGUCUCUGCGGUGCUGCAGAAACACAACCUCAAGCCACAAGAGGCCGUGGUCACCAUGGUUGGAAGCGACGAGCCCAUGAACAUGUCCAGCACUGUGUUCAGACUGGCCAAUAAGACGCUACGGCUUGACAAAACCAAAGGAAAAGAUCAGACCAAUAUGUCCAGAGGCAGUGGUUCUGCUGCAGUCACACAGGCAGGAGCAGUGAGUGCAGGUGGAGUGGACACCCGAUCAUCGCUGCAGACGGACAGAGCCAAGACUCAGCACAAGCCCAGUAAGAACCGCGACAUGGAGGGGUUACUGGACAUGCUGACGAGGGCUCAGUGCUGCAGGGUUGAUGACCAACGAGGCCUUUUGACCAAAGAGCAGCUCGAGAUCCCUCUGUUCCUGCAGCUGCCCUCAGACCAGGGACAGGACUCGGAGCCAGAGGAACUCGGGACGACCACCUCCUCCAACGCAGACUCAAAAGAGGACAAUGUCAAAGAAGAAGGAACGUCAAGUUCAUGCGGUACAGUGGAGAAAACCUCUGACUCUGCUGAAUCAGAAACCAAAGACUUGAGGGAAACAGCAGUUUGAAAGAGUCUGUAUGUUUGUGUGUGUGUGUGUGUGUGUGUGUGUGUGUGUGAGAGAGAGAGAGAGAUGGACACAAUCAGAAACUACGACAGAUAUCUCGCAACAUUACGUGACCAAUCAUGUAAAAAGAUGGUGAGAAAUGGUCAAGCACUUUCUAUAAUUGUUUACAAAUAAGCUCUGAGACAACAGUGUUCUAUCAUCUCUCCUAUAAUUAUGAUAAUUAUCCUGUUGAGGCAAUAUGUAAAGAAGAAGAAAGAUCAUGGCAAACUUUUAUAGUGUCAUUUCAAAACACUACACGUUAGUUGCCAUGAAUUGUUUAAUGUGUCAAACAUUUUUUAAAAGAAGUUUCAGCUCAUUUCAGCCUAAAGACUGUGUAUUUGCUUGAGUGUUUGCUGAUGGUUUAAUGUGCAGUAUGCAGUUCACUUUGCUUUAAUUUCUCACAAUCUCACAUUGCAGUCACGCUUUUCUUCGAACUCUAAGCAAAAACAUGUUUCUGCACAGGACUGUCCAAAUGGGUGUUUUGAAGUGUUUUGCUCUUUUUUCUGAAUUUGAAUUAAGAUUAUUUUUACUGAGAUGAGUUUUAAAUAUUUUAAAUUACCAAUUUUCAGUUUGUGUGCUUACUUUCCACUUUAUAAAUGGGUGUUUGCGGUCCUUAAAUGCAUCUUGUUUGCUGUGAUGGCACUUUAAGAAGCCCCGGUCAAGUCCUGUUUUUCUUUUCCACCUGAGGCUACAUCUCAGGGUUCAGAUCAUGAAUUAGUGAUGUGAUUUUACAGGGAAUUAAUCAGAUGGUGUGAUCAUCAAAAAUAUCCCGUACCCAAAGAAUUAAAUCUGUCUUUAUGAUGAAAUUUAA